GUUCUCCUGGUUUUCCUGGACCAAAAGGUGAAAAGGGGCUUCCUGGAUUAACUGGCCUUGUGGGGCCACCAGGAUUCCCAGGGUCCCCAGGUCCUCCUGGGAGACCUGGUCCUAAAGGAGACCCAGGGGAUGUCCUGACUUCUCCAAGAAUGAAAGGUGACAAAGGAGACCCGGGCUUCCCAGGACCUCCGGGUCUUCCUGGCAUAGAUGGCACUCCUGGACGAGAUGGACUGCCAGGUCUGCCUGGCCCUAAGGGGGAACCUGGCAGUGUUGCAUUCAAAGGAGAAAUGGGUAUUCCAGGUGAUCCAGGAAUACCAGGUCUUCCUGGAGACAAAGGACUUCCUGGACCUCCUGGUUUUGGUCCACAAGGUUCACCUGGUGAAAAGGGCAUCCAAGGUGUAUCAGGCCGUCCAGGGCCUCCUGGAGUUCCUGGUCCAAAAGGUGACCCUGGCCAGACUAUUACAGAACCAGGAGUUCCUGGCCCCCCUGGUCCUCCAGGAAGAAAUGGUGACCCAGGUCUUCCAGGAGAUCCUGGUCAGCCAGGUCAGCGUGGCUUAUCAGGCCUCCCAGGUGCAAAGGGAGAGCCAGGUAUUCCUGGCAUUGGACUUCCAGGUCCACCAGGCCCAAAAGGUUUCCCAGGAACUCCAGGCCCCCCCGGAGCUCCGGGAGCUCCAGGUCGCCCUGGUCUAGAUGGACCUCCUGGACCACCUGGUUUCCCAGGACAGAAGGGGGAUCGUGGAUUUGGAGUUCCAGGACCACCUGGAGCCCCAGGACCGCCAGGCACAAAAGGAGUUCAAGGACCUAAAGGUGAUCCUGGCUUUCCAGGAAGCCCAGGUCUCCCAGGACGGGCAGGUUUUGAUGGAACUCCAGGGCCCAAAGGUGACCCUGGACCAAGUGGACCACCAGGACUCCCAGGCCCACCAGGCAUCCCUGGCAUUGGUGGUCAAGGUCCACCUGGACCUCCAGGACCUCCGGGUCCUGUUGGGCCCCCAGGGUUGCAGGGCAUUCCAGGGGAGAAAGGGGAUCCAGGUCCUCCAGGCUUCGAUGUUCCUGGUCCUCCCGGUGACCGAGGAACCCCAGGAUAUCCAGGACCCCCUGGUCUCCCAGGGCCUCAGGGUUCACCUGGACCACCUGGCCGGGAUGGAAUACCUGGAUUUCCAGGUGCCAAAGGUGAGAUGGGCGUCAUGGGAGCUCCUGGUCCUCCAGGGCCUCCAGGAACUCCUGGAAGAAAUGGCCUGCCUGGCUUGAAAGGUAAUAAUGGAUUACCCGGUCCGCCAGGGCCUCCUGGACCGGUAGGACAGAAAGGCAUCAAAGGUGAAGCAGGCCUGCCAGGUCCACCUGGAAAAGUUGAUCUGAAACAGCUAGGAGCAAAAGGAGAAAAAGGCGAGCCAGGUGUUCCAGGUAUCCCUGGUUUAUCAGGACAGAAGGGUUAUCAAGGUCUCCCCGGUGACCCAGGCCCACCAGGACCUAUUGGCCCACCAGGUGUGCCAGGAUUGCCAGGCAUCAAGGGAGACAGGGGGCUUCCUGGGCAGCCUGGACCAACAGGACCUCCAGGGUUAAAAGGUGCCAUGGGAGAGAUGGGCCUUCCAGGUCCCCCAGGGAUUAAAGGCAGUCAAGGAAUAUCAGGACGUCCAGGGCAGCCUGGACCUGCAGGAUUUCCUGGAUUGAAAGGGGAGAAAGGUGACCCUGGUCUUUCAGGCAUUGGUAUUCCUGGUCUCCCUGGACCAAAGGGUGAUCUUGGUUUGCCCGGAUACCCAGGUAGUCCAGGCAGUAAAGGUAUACCUGGAAAUCCUGGUUUGCCUGGCUUUCCAGGCAGUCCAGGUGCAAAAGGAGAACCAGGCCUUCCCGGAUUCCCAGGAACACCAGGAAUUCCAGGACCAAAAGGUAUGGAGGGGCCUCCAGGUAAUCCUGGCCUGCCUGGACCACCUGGGCCAGUAGGUGAUAUUGGUCGUCCUGGCCCUCCUGGUCCUUCAGGGGAGAAAGGGCAGCCUGGUCGAGACGGUAUCCCCGGACCAGCUGGUCAGAAGGGCGAACCAGGUCUACCAGGUUUUGGGCGCCCCGGACCUCCAGGACUCCCAGGAUUGUCAGGGCAAAAAGGAGAACUGGGGUUACCUGGCCCACCAGGGCCUCCUGGACUUCCAGGUCCGAAGGGAGAACCAGGUUUCCAGGGAUUCCCUGGUCUACAGGGUCCACCAGGUCCACCAGGAUUACCAGGGCCACCUCUGGAAGGUCCUAAAGGUAGCCCUGGCCCACCAGGUGUUCCAGGAAGGCCAGGUCCCUCAGGUCCUCCAGGUCCACCAGGCCCAGAAGGUCCACGAGGGCCACCAGGCAAUGGAGGACUUAAAGGGGAAAAAGGGAACCCAGGUCAACCUGGCCCACCUGGCCUGCCUGGUCAAAAGGGAGAUCAAGGACCACCUGGACGCCAGGGGGAUCCUGGUCGUCCAGGUCUGAAUGGAAUGAAGGGCGACCCCGGGGUUCCAGGCGUUCCAGGAUUCCCAGGUAUGAAGGGUCCCACUGGACCUGCAGGACCUGCUGGCCUCACGGGCAGCCAAGGACCGCCAGGCCCACCAGGUCCACCAGGUUUACCAGGUACCAUUGGACGAAGCAUUGUUGUCAAAGGUGACCCUGGUCCCCCGGGUCCUCCAGGACAGCCUGGCUUGAAAGGGCCACCUGGAUUGCCAGGGCCACAGGGAUUGCCAGGUCCAAUUGGUCUUCCUGGUGACCCAGGGCGAGAUGGACUACCUGGUUUUGAUGGUCCGGCAGGACGUAAAGGAGAGAGAGGUCUUCCAGGCCAACCAGGUUCACGAGGAAUACAGGGACCUCCUGGUCCUGAUGGCUUACAAGGCCCACCCGGUCCUCCUGGAACAGCUUCUGUUGCUCACGGAUUCCUUAUAACUCGGCACAGCCAGACCAGGGAUACACCACUAUGUCCACAAGGAACAUCAAGAAUAUAUGAUGGAUUCUCUCUUCUAUAUGUGCAAGGAAAUGAAAGAGCACAUGGCCAGGAUUUGGGUACUGCUGGGAGCUGUCUUAGACGUUUCAGCACCAUGCCCUUCAUGUUCUGCAACAUCAACAAUGUUUGUAAUUUUGCAUCAAGGAAUGACUAUUCCUACUGGCUGUCAACUCCAGAGCCAAUGCCGAUGAGCAUGGAGCCACUGACUGGGCAAAGCAUCCAGCCAUUCAUUAGCCGAUGUGUUGUGUGUGAAGCUCCUGCGAUGGUGAUAGCUGUCCACAGUCAGACCAUUCAGAUUCCUUCGUGUCCUCCAGGCUGGGACUCCCUUUGGAUUGGUUACUCUUUCAUGAUGCACACUAGUGCUGGAGCAGAGGGCUCUGGACAGGCCUUGGCAUCACCUGGAUCCUGUUUAGAAGAAUUCCGCUCAGCUCCGUUUAUUGAAUGCCAUGGUCGUGGCACUUGUAAUUACUAUGCCAAUUCAUAUAGUUUCUGGCUGGCAACUGUAGAGGUGUCAGAAAUGUUCAGUAAACCUCAGUCAGAGACACUGAAAGCUGGAGACUUGAGGACGCGUAUUAGUCGUUGUCAAGUUUGCAUGAAGAAGACGUAACAUCUUGGAGAAUGUUUUAUAAAACAGUUCAAAAUUCCUAAGAUGCACUGUCUUCCAGCUGCAACAAUGGUGCUACUGUGCAGAAAGAAAAGAAAAAACAAAUCCAAACUGUUUUACCGUGCAAAUUCAAGUGUACCUCACUCAUGUGCCAAACUAAGGGUUGUUUGGUACGUAUUUGACAACAGGACUAAGAUGGAAGAAUUGACCUCUUGGAAACAGAAAAGAACACUUGAGGUUCACAAAGGAUCAGAAGAUGAAAUUUUUUCAUUUCUCUCCCUGUACCAAAAUGGCACCUUUUUGAUCAACCAAGAGAAUAAAGAAAAACACAACGCACUGAGUAUGUUUAAAAUAACAAGACUGCAGUUUUGAAAAACAUUUUUCAUGGUGCUACUAACCCUACUGUAUCCCAGGUUUUUAAUAUGAAAUUUUAAGCUUAUUUCUCUUUGUAAGUAAUGAAAUGUGUAUAUUGUGUAAACACCUUUUUAGUUGAAUCUUUCAGUCAUUUAGAAACAAACCAGACUCUGAUGCAAAAAUGUUUAUGUCUAAAAUUAAAACAUACAGCAGUAUUUUAUUAUGAAACUUGUGGUACGGAGAGAAUUUACCCCUCUUACACCAACUUAUUCAUUUAAUAUUUCAUUUCCUUCCUCAGUUGCCAACCUGAUAUAUUUGGGGAAUGCACAAUUAUUCUGAAGUCAUUUUGAUCAGGGUUUUAAAUGUUGUACACCAUGCUAUCAGUGGUUUUAUUUGUGCUUAGAAAUCCCAAUCGAC